AUUCUGACUUUGAGUUAUUUCCAAACGAAACACUGCAUAGUCAUCGUCUACGAGUUUACAGAUAUCUGCCACGGCUGCAUUCGCUAGCACCUCCAUGAUGGAGGCUAUUUGAGUGUGAAAAACCAUAGGCCUACAGUUAGCCAUUGUUAGCAACUAGCUAGCGUUACCUUAAUAACAUCUAUCAACCAAGGCCUGUCUCCAACGCUAAUUUAACACUGCCUGGGGUGGUUGGCUGGAGGCUAACAGAGGAGAGUGCAUGUCCAUCUUGGAUUCCAAGACCCAGAUGGGUGCAGCCAAGGGCCUAGGGGACGACAUCACAGAUCAGGCCAGGACCAGAGGUGACAUAGUGGAGUCUGCAGUCCAUGAAGACCUGCUGACCUGUAUUCGGUGUUGCUGGUGGGAGAGACUGGACCUCUGAGGUGGCUGGUCACAAACCCUGUCCCCGGAUCAGGACACUGGAUCAGGAGCCAUCUCUCUUCCUUCCCGAGUCGGACCUGGCACCGAACCACUAGGGACAGAGACUCCACCACCACACAGAACAUCACCAGUGGACAGGUGGACUGAACAACCUCAGUCCUGGUGGUCAUCAGAGAGACAGAGGCUCCAGUCAUGGAUCCAGUCUGCAGCCCCAGACCCUUCUCUUCACAGUCUCAGAGCAGGGAUGAAGCAGGACCUGGGGCUGAUAGAGAGAGACCCUCCUGUUCCUAUGAUACAAACACCACAGUAUCCAGGAUGACAGGUCACCCUGGACUUCAGCCUUCACAGAGAGUGGUGGGAGACUCCCCUGGUGGGAGUCUAUCAGGAAAUCUGUUUUCUCCUUCAGCGUCUCAUCUAAUGCCUAAUGACCGGGUUCAUAGAAGGUCUGGGCCUGGACCUGGGUCUAGCCUUCCUCAAUUAGAGUACCUCGUGGUUACCCCACCAAUACAGACAGUGCCAGGAUGGGCAUUCGCAACAAAAGGUGAAGGACAUCUAACUGGAGGCCACAAGAGCUUUGUGAAGCCAGCAGGACACAAUACAUGGAGAGAUGACCAACCAAUCACAGUUGAUGAGGGGAGUAGAACCUCAACCCAGCACGUUAUCAUGAUAGAGUCUGCAGAUACAGGUCCUGGGGUCAAGCUGGAGAGGUCUGAAGGAGAGGAGGACCCACGGCAAAGCAGAGACAUUCAGACUGAAAUGGCUGGAGUGCCCCCUGUAGCCAUGCAGGACCCCACGACAGCCCCAGUGCAGCCCAGAACUCAACACAGCAUCACGGAGGAGGAGGAGGGUCUAGAGGUGCUGCUGGUGAAGGAGGAGGGGUUUGAGGAGGGUCUGGGGAACCCUGAGGGGACCAUGGUCAUGGAGGACAACGAGACUUCACCUCCUCCUGAACCCACAGAGGAACCAGCUGAGCAGCACAGGAACACACACAGUCUCACUGAGUCAGUAGACAUGGAGGAUGGGAAGCCUGAUCUGCUGAUAGUCAAAGAGGAGACAAUAGAAGAUGGACCAGAGAACAUUGACCUGCUGAGUGGACUAAAGAUGGGUGAGCAAGGUGGUUGGCUGGAGGCUAACAGAGGAGACUGGGGGGCCAUCUUGGAUUCCCAGACGGGUGCAGUCAAUAGCCCGGGGGACGACAUCACUGAGCAGGCCAGGACCAGAGGUGACAUAGUGGAGUCUGCAGUCCAUGAAGACCUGCUGAUAUCUGGUGUUGCUGGCAGGAGAGACUGGACCUCUGAAGCGGCUGGUCACAAGCCCUGGCUCCUGAUCAGGACCCUGAAUCAAGAGCCAUCGAUCUUCCUUCCCGAGUCGGAACGGAGACGGAAUUGCGAGGGACCGAGACUCCACCAACACACAGAACACAACCAGUGGACAGGUGGACUGAACAACCUCAGUCCUGGUGGUCAUCAAAGAGACAGAGGCUCCAGUCAGGAAUCCAGUCCGCAGCCCAGACCCUUCUCUUCACAGUCUCAGUGCAGGGAUGAAGCAGGACCUGGGGCUGAUAGAGAUAGACCCUCCUGUUCCUAUGAUACAAACACCACAAUAUCCAUAAUGAACAGAGCAGGUCACCCUGAGCUUCAGCCUUUACAGAGAGUGGUGGGAGACCCCCCGGGUGAUAGUCUAGCAGCAAGUCUGUCUUCACCUUCAGGGUCUUGUCUAAUGCCUGGUGACUGGGUUCAUAGAAGUCCUGGGUCUGGGUCUAGCCUUCCUCAGUUACCUCAUGGUUACCCCACCAAUACAGACAGGGUCAGGAUGGAUGUUCAUCACAAGAGGUACCUAGCCUAUAACACAGCACACAAUCCCAACAACACCCAAACAAUGGCUAGAGGUCAAGGAGGGAGCUCAAAGACUAACCACCUGGGGGCGGUGGCUCCUGCUUCUACCUCCUCUGGUGUCAUUGGGUCACAACAUGGGAGGCCGAGCAUUAGCACAGACGAAGACAAGCCGUACACCUGCCCCACGUGUGGGAAGCGCUUUGCAAAGGCGACCUAUGUGAAGAAGCACCAAACCAUUCACAUCAAGGAGAGGCCCUUCAAGUGUAAGCUGUGUUACAAGAGCUUCUCAUUCCUGAGUUAUCUUAUCAGACAUAGGAGUGUCCACAACAGGGAGCAAUCAUAGCAUUGGGUCUUGAGAUGUACACAGGAGAUAUCUGGAAACUAUUAUUUAGCUGAAAUAUUAUAGUUAUCAUGUGAAAAGUCCUGGAGUUUUGGGGGGAUUACCAAGUCCCUCAGUUGAGCAUCUGGGUAAACUCUCAUGAUACAGACUUGUUGUUUGGUGUGCUAGCAUAGCCAAAACACUGUCAUGUUACUGAAGAGCAACACUAUACUCCCCCUCUGAAUUUGGUUUUGCCUAUGUUCUAUUCAUAAUAAAUAUGUCCCUCUUUUUUUACAACACACCCCCCCCCCCCCCCCCCCCCCCCCUCCCCACACACACACACAAUCCGGUUGUACCUGUUCCUUUAUUUACUAAAAAUAGGUGAUCAAAAUACACCCUCUUUUUAUAACAAGUCAGGUGAGAUGAGAUGACCCCGAGGUCGCUUUCAUUGGGGAAGAGGUCCAAAAACAACCCCUUACUGUGCCCCUUUCCCCUAUAACCCUCCCAUGGCACUGGGUAGUAGGUAAGAGUUCGCCUUAAUCAGAUAUUUUUCAUCCUCCCGUCUAUCAUCUUCCAUAUCGUUUAUGUGUAUUAUUGUUAUGGAUCUCCAAUGGUUGUAGCAAACAUUGCCACUCAAUAAUUGAUUUCCCCAGCCACACAAGUCAUUGCCUGACAAAUCAAACUGAAUUAUUCCGCUGCUCUAUCGUUCGCUACGUACUUCAGUCUGAGACGGCCAUCAUUGAAGUCGUUUGUGACGUCUGUGACAGUCAAAAUGAGGGGUGUUUUACAAAACAAAGUUGAAUAUUUACCAUACUGAGGUGAUGUAGAUGGAAUAAAGUCAUACUCUUUUCUACUCUAUUCUUACUAACACACUGUUCUUUCUAAACAAGUCUGCUCUCUGCUUGAAAGAUACUGUAGUUAUCAUGAAGAGGAUUUUAUUUUAUUAGGAUCCCCAUUAGCCGACACCAAUGGUGAACGUUAGUCUUACUGUGGUCCGACACGUAACGAAAAAGACAUUACAGACCAAAGACAAUUUACAUAUAUUUAAAAACAUUAACGUGAGCGUGCAUCUAUCAGUUACACACACGUUAGUACAUCCACACAACAAGUAGGUCACAUGGGGGAGAGGCGUUGUUUCGUGAGGUGUUGCUGUAUUUGUUUUUUGAUAGCCAGGUUUGCUGUUCACUUGCGCUAUAUGAAAUUGAAUGGAGUUCCGUGCAAUCAUGGCUCUGUAUAAUACAGUACAUUUCCUUGAAUUUGUUCUGGACCUGGGAACUGUGAAAAGAACUGUGGUGGUAUGUCUGGUGGGGUAAGUGUGUGUGUCAGUGCUGUGUGUAAUUUUACUAUGCAAGCAAUUUGGAAUUUCCUUACACAUUGUUUGUUAUAAAAACAAGUGACGCAGUCAGUCUUUCCUCGACUCUUAGACAAGAGAGACUGGCAUGCAUAGUAUAGAUAUUAGCCCUCUGAUUACAAUGAAGAGCAAAAUGUUCCGCUCUGGGCCAGUCGCAGCUUAACUAGGUCCUUCUUUGCAGCACUUGACCAUAUAACCGGACAAUAAUCAAGAUAAGAUCAAACUAGAGCCUGCAGGACUUGCUUUGUGGAGUGUAGUGUCAAAAAAGGAAAGCAUCUCUUUAUCACAGACAGACCACUCUCCAUCUUUACAACCAUUGAAUCUAUAUGUUUUGACCAUGACAGUUUAAAAUCUAAGGUAACACCAAGUGUACUGAACAACAAUAUAAACGCAACAUGCAACAAUUUCAAAGGUUGUAUUG